GUAACGGAGAAAGUUAGUUUACCUUCGAAAAUUUGUUAAUUGCUUGUAAUUACCCAACCGAACUCACUCAAUCUUGUAUCAACUGAUUUACUACCAAAAAUUGUACUAAAGAAAACUUCUCCGACUCGAAAGUUCAAUGGAAGUGACCUUCAAAAAGGCCAGACUCAUGAAAGAUAUAAACUCGGUGCAAGCCAAUGGUGAGGAAAGCGAAUCCGAAUGUGAAAGCGAAAGUUAUCCGGAUAGCCACACAUAUGGUUGGUGGGCUUUGCCGGAACCUACGCUCCUUAACAUUUUCGAGCGUCUGUCUGUAGUUGAUCUGCUGCAGGCGAGCCUCUGUUGCCGCAGAUGGAACGAGGUCGCCAACGAUGACUUGCUGUGGCGACUGAAGUUUCAGGAGCGCUUUAGAGCCUCUCCGAGCAUUCAGCUGAAGCCGGGGGCUCAGAGUUGGCGUCAUGAGUACCAGCGAUUGUCCACACACAUACCCUUUGUGCUGACGCAGCGCUUGGAGCCAACGAUGGAGACCAACCACGGACACACACAUCAGGUGCUUCACGUGAGCUUCGCCCACAACGGAGAGAUGUUCGCCACCUGCUCCAAAGAUGGAUAUGUGAUAGUGUGGAACUCGAAUCAUCCAUGCACCGAGAGGUAUGCGCAUAAUAUGAAACAGUUCAGCUGGAAGUAUUCCCAGUACUCCCAGUUCAACCAGAGCGACACCCUGUUACUUGUCUCCGGAGUGCAUUUCGGGACGCCGCAAUCUACUUCAGGGGAAAUUGCGGUGUUCUACUUGGGAGCGACCGAGUCACACCUUAGAUGUAGGGUUGUGAAUCGUCCCUAUGACAUAUUCGGCACCUGGUUUAGCGACCAGUAUCUGAUCUCCGGCGACCUGCAUUGGCUGGCCCACUUGGUGAGUACUUCGGUUCUGUGGCUUAAUAAGGCGAACCAAGAGAUAGACUCGGAACACGUUCCGAUAAUGAGUCAAAUGUACAAAUUCUACAACCGCAAUGCCAGUUCGGUCAGGGCUAUUAUGAUAGCUAGGUGCCCAUGGCUGGAAGAGAGCAACGAUCCGUUAGCCGCAGCAGCGGAGGCUGCAUCCAGUACUGCUGCUCCGCCACCCAAAAAUGAUCCGGGACCUAGCUCGUUGGCAAGUGGCAAUCCACUGUCCCAUGCAGCUAGCCUGCGUAGGACGAGAAGUGCUACACCCGAGGAGAGUAACCUGCCUGACAUCAGCGAGCAACGUUCCAAGGAGCGAACUGGAGACGCCACCAUCCAUUAUCUGGAUGAGUACAGAAAGGCGGUGGCCCCAGCGAGCGAGGCCAACGAAGAGGAAGAUGACGAGGAGUACGAAUCGAUGGACGUGCAUGAGGAAUAUGACGAACUAGAGAGCAAUAUGCCCAAGUAUCUCAUAUUCUCGACGGGCUCCAAGACCUUUACACCUCACCAGAUCGGCUUUAAGCGCAUUCGAAACGUUUACUUCCCAAAAAAACUAGAUCCUGGUCCCUCGUUGAAGCAGAGGAUAGCCGCCAAGAAGGCUGCAGAGCAGCAGCAACAGCAGACACCCCGCACCGAUCCCGACUGGUGGGACUAUGAGUCCGUCAAGGAUCGGUUUGACCAAGUUGAUAAGGUGAUAGAUCUCCACGGGCACAUAAUUGGCAUGGCGCUGAGUCCAGAUCACCGAUACUUAUAUGUUAACACACGUCCAUGGCCGCACGAUUACGUUAUUACCAAUCCACUAGAACCACCGCCAAUCGCACAAGAGAUCGACAUCCAUGUAAUAGACCUUAUGACCCUAAAACGGGUGGGAAACAUGCUACGGGCUCACAAGGCCUACACGCCCAGCACAGAGUGCUUCUUCAUUUUUCUCGAUGUCUGUGAAGAAUAUGUGGCCAGCGGGGCUGAGGACCAUCAUGCCUACUUGUGGGAUCGCUACUACGGCAUCAGCCUGGCAAAGUUUAAGCACUCGGAUGUAGUUAAUAGCGUAGCAUUUAAUCCUCGUGACUCCGAAAUGCUUGUGACCACCAGUGAUGACUACACUAUUAAGGUUUGGCGCUCUAGGGCCAAGGCAAAGGAGUACAACAUCCCAGUGAACGUAAGCGAAUCCUUUGAGCUCAAGCACAAGAACUGAGGUCUCCG